AUGCGUGGGAGAUUCAAACUGGAAACCAAUACAUUGCACAAGCUCAGAUACUUCUUAUGUUUUGCUGCGGGAUUUCUAUUUGCUGUCGGCGUACUCCUUCGCAACCGAGCAAACUCUUGUAGCGAUGUGUGUAAUCAAGUCAUCCGUCGCACAGAAGAAGGGAAAUAUCUGCUUGGUCCGCAGUAUCGUAUCUUUAAGUUGGCGGACGGCUUUCAAAUUCGAGCUACAGCCCAUCCCAAUCCCUUAGAAGAUAUCUUUACAGAAGCAACAAUUUUCUGUCGCUACCAUGCAGUUCAAGUUGCCUUCUUCACGCAGGAAAAGAGACCCAAAAAGCUCUACGGAAAAUAUCCCAUCAGUGGAACUAUUAUGGUAAGCAUCGUCCAUCAGACACUGUGCAAUGAAGACCUCCGAAGUCUCUCUGUGCUUGACCAUCGGUGCCUCCGAAGGUUUGGGCAGGACUGGUGGUUGCAAAUGAGGCACGACGCAUUGGUCGGUCUACCAGGUGGCGGAGUUCGCGUUAACGAAACCCUGAUGCAAGGCCUACAACGGGAACUGCGCGAAGAAAUUGGACUCGACCAUCCGCUGACAACCUUGAAUUACCAGCUUAGCUAUUCCAACCCGAGAAUGGAAUAUUGUGGACACCUGUACACAAAAGAAAUGUCCUGGAUGGAGCUGCAAGACCUCAUGCUCAUUGCAACGGCAAGCUCGGAUAUUGGUGUCGAAAAUCAGGGUUAUUAUUUUUUGCCUACGAUAAACGAAGUAGAUGACGAUCCCGGAUAUGCUGGAUUUCCUACAUUUCUGGCCCAAGCAAUCUCACCCGCAUCACCACCAACAUUGGUGGGCAAUACACUGCAACAACUACUCCAUGUUCUGAUUGAAGUUACGCAGCCACCCAUUUUGUCACAAGACCACUUUCAAACAAGCCUUGAUAAAGCAUGUGAACUUCUUAGGCUCAGUGUUUGUCCUUCAUCUGCUGAAAACAUUCCCACCGGUGCGACUCUGAGCAACUUUUACCAAUGAUUUUCCUGUACACAACCCAAACAGCCG